GCGCGCUGUCCGCGUAUAGACGAAAUAAAUUGAAUUCUCGUGAUAUUUUUUUAAAAAAGUUUGAUUUUUGCGAUAUUUAAAUUAUUAAAGUUUUAAUUUAUUGAAAUUAAUUUAAUUGUUCUGUGAAAAAAAUUGUAAGUGGAAGUGGAUUAAAGUUGUUGGGAAGCUUUGGAUGGAAAUGAUUAAUUUUUUGUAAAUUUGUCAAAGUUUCUGAAUUUCAUUAAAUUCAAAUUUCUGAGAGAUCUUUUAAUGAAGUUUAAAAAAUUAUUUUUUCAAAGUGAACAACAGUGAGUUAAAAGACAUAAAAAGUUUUGAGAGUUUUGUAAGGAAAUUAGAAGUUGUAAAGUUUCUACAACAUCCAGCGUAGCUUCUGAGUUCCAAAAAUAAAAAAAUCAAUCAAAAACCAAUCAUCAAAGCGGAUUCUCUCAGAGAAAGUGCGCAAAAAAGAGAACAAAAAAGUAAUUAAAAAUACGGCAAAUAUGUGAUGAAUCUAAAGCCACAACAGUUUAUAUCGGUGACAAAUUAAGAUUUCUCAUUUUUAUGCUUACUGUGCUACAGCAUCAUGACAUUUGUAAUAAAAAUCAAAUAAAAACUUGGAAUAUCUGUGCAAAAAAAGUUUAAUAAAAGAAGGAAUUAGAAGUGAAAGCAAGACAGCUAGAUAUUUAAAUAAUUUAUUUUAUAAAAUUAAAGAACACAGAAAUUAAUAGAAAUGAGGAAAAGACAUUAUUUAGCAAUUAUACUCAUACAUUUCAAUGUGAUAGCACCAAUUGUUGUUAAUUGUGUACAAAUAGACAAUGAACUCGUUUCAAAGCCACACUCAUGCUUCGAACGAAUUGCCAUUGGCGCAAUGCUUCCAUUUGAAAAGACUUUUAGACGAUCUGAUACAAAUCAAUUAGAUGUGUGUACGAGUUUAUGUCUACAAGAUGCUGAAUGUACGACAUUCGCUUUUGGUAUAUCAACCCGUGGAAAUGGAACGUGUCAAUUAUCGUCAAAAAUUAUUGACGGUACGGGGUCAUCGCCAGCUGGAACUAUUUUUGACCCCGAUUUCGAUCUUUAUGCGAGAAAAACAACAAAUUGCUUAGUCGAUCCAAGUCCUAGCAAUAAUUAUCCACGACCUGGAGGAUUUGAACAAGGAAGCACAUCAAACCCAUCAACACGUCCCACAGCAAGCACAUUCCCACCAACCGACGGUACAUCCCGUCCAAAUCCAACAAUUUUCGUUCCAUCUCCAACAUCAAGUGUAUAUUCAAGUGGUUCAACGCCUCAAGAUGGCAGCGAUGGCACCACGUCAGGUGAAUUUUUAACAACCUCGCUUGGCUCAACCUUCUCCUCUGAUAAUAAUCCAACUCGUCCCGAUGACCUUUAUAAUAUUCAAAAUAAAUUUCCAACAACACAUCCAGCAAUCAAUCGUGAUCCUCAAACUGUCGGCUAUCAGCCAGACACAUCAUCAACUCCCAGUUACCAUAGCCAAAAACCUCAAAAAGAAACUCAACGUCCAGUUGUGAUUCCAACUCGUCCACAUUAUGAAACCGAUAAUCCAGAUGUUCAUCAUUCAUAUCCCCUUAAUCCUGAUCCAUUUCCAUUUUAUUCACCACAACCACAUCCACAUUAUCACUAUUUUUUAGAUAAUUUUGAUGAUAAAAAUUCACAUUUUCCCACAGGAAUUUAUGCACAAAAUGCACCAUCCUUGCACCCCAUUGAUAAUAGAUAUCAUGCGCACAUGAAUCAUUACGACUUAUAUCCAUCUGGUCGGUAUCCUGUGAAUGGAAUCAGUCUGGAAAACUCAGGAUAUAAUUCAAACAGAAAGAAUGGUUAUCAAGUAACUGACAACAAUCCAGACACACCACGACCAAAGACAUGUUUCCGGCGUGUGUUAGCUGGUAAGCGUGUUGCAUCACAUUGGGUUCGUCGCACGCUUAUUUGUGAGCGUCUUGAAGAUUGUCAGCAACAAUGCUCAGAGGAGAAGAGAUUUUCGUGUGAAGGUUUUAAUUAUCGCAUAGAUCCGAGCGGUCGUGGUCAAGGUGAAUGUGAACUUGUUGAAGUUCCACUUUCGCAAAUGGAUUUAUAUUCAAGUUCACAUAAUCGUGAUUUAAAUUUAAUUCCACAUCCUGACUAUGAUUAUUAUGAGAAAGAUAGAACGACAACAAAUUGUCGACCAAAUUGUGUUGAUUGUCCAAAUCGUCAAAAACCAUCAUCGUCUGGCUAUAAACCAUCAAGUGGAAAUGAACAUGAUAGAGAUAGAUAUCGACCUGAAGUGACAGCAAUUGAUAAAUAUAGACCAGAACAUAAUUUCUAUGAAUCUCGACUAGGAUUUGGAUCUUGGGAUCGUUUUGGAAGUUCAAACUUCUACAGUGGUGGAAGUAACUACUUCGGAUCACAUUAUCCAGACUCAAAGCCUUCAUAUCCAGAUAAUAAGCCAUUAUAUAUUGAUAAUAAGCCACCAUACCCAGAUAAACCUUUAUAUAUUGAUUCCAAGCCAUCAUAUCCUGACAAUAAGCCAUCUUCAUAUGGAGGAUUCCAAGCAAUUGACAGAUACGACAUUGAUCAUGGCGGAUAUGAUCACAAACCAUUUAGACCACCUCAACAAUCUUCUUCUGGUUCUCAUGGAUAUAUCGACACAGGGGAUUACAGUUAUAGACCUCCACCACCAAUUCGACCUCAGCCAAUCCCUUCAAGACCUACAGAUGAAGGCUAUAACAGACCACAACCAAUUCCAUCAAGGCCAGAUGAAGGCUAUAACAGACCUCAACCAAUUCCAUCUAGACCAGACGAUGGAUAUAACAGACCUCAACCAAUUCCAUCUAGGCCAGACGAUGGCUACAAUAGACCACAACCAAUUCCAUCGAGACCUACAGAUGAAGGAUAUAACCGUCCACAACCAAUUCCUUCGAGACCUGAUGAGGGCUAUAACCGUCCACAGCCAAUCCCUUCAAGACCAACAGACGAAGGAUAUAAUAGACCGCUACCUCCAAAACCUCAAAAUCCACAACCUUCAACUGAUUUUGAUAGACCUGAUCCACCAUACCAUCCUUCACUAUCAAAACCAGAUUCGCCUCCUCAAGAAAGUAUAAGUUAUGGAAGUGGAAGCAAUCAUGGACCAAAUUCACCACCAAAACCUGGUUUAGGAUAUCAUGAUAGAGAUUCAGUACGUCCACCACCAAGCUAUCAUACUAAUUUCCAUCAAAAACCAUCAGCUGGAUUUGUGCCUUAUUUAAUUGGACAAGACUCUUGGGGAUCAUAUGGUGGAUCUUAUGGAUCUGUAUCUUAUAGACCUCAAGUUGAUUAUUGGGGAUUAAAAAAUGAAAUCAAAAGGAUUGAUGGACCUCCGCAAUUUAAUUACUUUGAACUUGGACCAAUUGAAGAUAAUAGUGUACAUCAUCGAUAUGGAUCUCCUAGCCCACCAAGUUAUGGACAUCCUAACUUUGGAUCAAUGUGGACUAGAAGACCUGGAUUGGAAGAAUGCUCUGUCAAAACCAGUGAAGGCUUCCGACUUCAUAAAGGAAUCGUAAGAAAUGCAAUGACAGCAGCUAGUGUAAAGGAAUGCGAGAAAAUGUGCUACGAAGAAAACAAAUUUAAAUGUGGCGUCUACAGUUACCGCUAUUCUGAGCCCAUGCGUGACAACUGUCUUCUUUGUGAUCGUUCAUUCAGCUUCCUUGAUGCUUACGCAGAUAUUGUGCCUGAUAGAAAUUACGACAUUUAUGCAAUGAGUGACGAUUUUUCAGUUUGUAAGAAAGAACCGCCACAAAGUUUCGCUUAUGGAAGUCCUAACGACCAAUGCUUCAUCCGCACAAUCGACCACAAAAGAUUCUUUAAAGCCAUUGUGAGAGACUCAUUAACAGUUCAUUCCAUUAAAGACUGUGAAAUUGAGUGCAUCAAAGCACAAAAGUUUACAUGUCGCUCCUUUACAUUCCGUUAUGGAUCAAAAACCAGUGGAACAAUCAUAGAUAACUGUCAAUUGAGCGAUUGGCCUGUAAGAGACAUGGAUCAUGAUAGACACUUGAUCCCUGAUGAUGGCUUUGAUGUUUUCGAGAGAGCUAGCUAUGGACGAGGAUGUGAAAUUGUUCCACAUGAACACAAUCAUCAGAAUCCGAAAUUGUGCUAUUUGGGUUACGGAUCGGCAGCAAAGCUUUUGUCAUCAGCAAUUAAAAAGAUAAUCACAGUCUCAACAGAGUUGGAGUGCAAAAAUGAGUGCAUCAGAUAUCGUGAAACAUCGCCCUUCAAAUGCUUAUCAUUCAGCUUCGGUUCACAAGUCAGCACAUUCAAUUGCGAAAUGUCAGAUUUAGAUCAAAGUCAAUUGAAAUUGGAUGUUCAUUAUACGCACACACCCAAUCGAGAUUUCUGGCUGUUUGCAUGGGAUCCAUGGGAUUACACGUGUCGUGAUAAAAUCACAUCGAUUAGUGGAAGUCGAGUCAAUAGCGAUCGUCGUAUGGACAUAUUCCGUGAACCCGGUAAACUAUUUAAUAGAACAUCCGUGAUUUCAUCACAAGUGACAUCAUCAUCACCAAUUUCACAACACGUUUCCAAUCAUUCACAAACUCAAUUAACAGGAUCAUCGUCAUCCUCCACUGCACAAAAAUAAUUAAAAAAAAAUUCAUAAACUUUUUCGCAGUUCCUUAAUUUAUUUAUUUUUUUUUUUUUGUCAAAAUUAAAUCUUCUGAUACUAAUCCUUGUAGCAUAAGAUGCAUUAUUUAUUAUUUAUUUCGGAUGCCUGCACAAAGUGAAAAAAUUCAUCAUUAGUUACUAUUAAGUGCUACGUCGGAGUAGAGAAAGAACAAUGGCGAAGCUGCUCAGUCAGCUACACACCUAUACAAACUCAACAAUCUCAUCAACAACAGCAACCCCAAGGAUCAUACAGUUCCAACACUUAUGUGGCAACAAAAUAUCCAAAUAAAAAGCACGACAUAUACCAAAAUCCACCAAGACCCGGUGGAUUUGCACGAGAUUUAACAAUAAAUGAAUCACAAUUGCAUCCACUACAAUAUUUAUAUUUUGAUGGACCACCCACCAAUACAACAGAGAUAAGUAAUAAUGCAAUAGAUUGUAGUCGCGAUAGAUGUUAAAUGACUAUGAGCCUGCCUUAAUUAAUUAAUUAAUUUCUACUGAAAAAUAUGAUUUUGUGCGUUUUGAAUCUCAUUUUAAUUAGAAUUUUAAGAAUUUACAUUUAAUUUAUUUUCAUAUAUUUUUUUAAUAAAUCUAUGAUAAUGCCUUAAUAAACUACCGUACCUUCCUUUAACUCAAGGAAGUAAUUGUAUGAAUUGAAAUACAUCAAAGUCUUGUGUCAAAAUCACAUUCAUUGCAUUUUAUAAUUUCAGCAUUUGUCUUAACUACUCUUUGGUUCUUUACAUGCUCUAAGUACUUUACAAAUUUGUCAUUGCUUUCCCAGUUCUUCACGUUAAAGUCUUUUGGGAAGGUGUCUGGAACUAUUGAGGAUUUUUUGAUUAGUCGUCUUGGAAGUUUCGUCUUUCCAGCAAAAUGAUUUUCAAUUUCUUGUAAAGUUCUGUUCUCAGUCUCUGAAAACGAAGAAAUGCUUG